UAAAGUCAGUAUCUAUUUUGACUUUUUCAUCGGAUUGAUUCAAAUUUUUAGUCUUUAGUUUUUAUCGUCUUUGUUUUAAACGUUAGGACUUUCGCUUAAUUUGGGAAAUUUUAAAGUAUUGUGGUUAUUGUGGGUAAAAUAUGAGUAUCAAACGGUUCUCGUGCAUUGUUUUAAGUGCAUUUUAUGCUGCAUUAUAUGAAAGAGCAAAAGAAAUGGAAGAAUCUCCCCAACGUUGGUUUUUGAACAAUCACGGAAAAGAUGGUGCGUGGGAAGGACUAUGCGCUAAUGGACAAAAACAAAGUCCCAUCCUUUUAAAUAUCAACAAUGCCGAAAAAGCACAACUACCAAGACUGAUUGGAAUGAAUUAUUUCCGAAAAUUCAAAUAUUUCAAAAUUACCAACACAGGAUACAGUGUGCACAUCAACGUUCCAUUUGGACUCGGGAUAUUGAUGAGUGGCGGUCCACUGAAAGGCUACUAUACUCUGGAAGACGUUCACUGGCACUGGAAUAAGACUGAACAUUCCAUUGAACCCGAAAAAUUUUUGAUGUUAGAAAUGCAUUUAGUCCAUAGAAAUGCGAAAUAUAAAACUUUCGAAGAAGCUUCAGGGCAAGAGGAUGGUCUGGCUAUAAUAGCAGUACUGUAUAGAUUGUCGAACGAACCCAAUCAGCAUCUUCACAACAUAUUGAAGCAGAUUAGUGCGGUUCAGAAGCCAGGGCAAGGAACUUAUCUAGAAGAACCAAUCUGCAUCAAAGAACUGCUACCUGAAGAUACUACGGUUUAUUUCACAUAUCAGGGGUCCUUAUGUCAACCACCUUGCAACGAAAGUGUUACCUGGAUUAUAUACCGUCAACCUUCCACUGUUUCGGAAGAUCAAAUCAAAAUGUUUCAAUCAAUCAAAGCGGAAGACGGAAGAAAACUACUCUCCAACUGUCGAAGGCUACAACCAACAAAUAAUCGUCCUAUCAUCGUACACACUUUGGAAUAGUAUAAAUAAAGAUGACGGCCUGAAAAAAUCCAGACUAAUUUAUUUU